AUGCAGCUAUGUCUCCUUUGUGUUGGACAGACAGAACAUUCCAGUGUAACUUUGAAGGAAGGCACCGAAACUAUGGAGACAAGUCCGUCGGACUCAAACACCGAGGACGGCGUAGAUGCUGAGAAAGAGGGUGCUCAUUCAGUUAAACAGUUGCCGUCUUCGGAAGAAGACGCAGAAGACCUUGACCAUGCAUCUGAGCCACAGUCUUAUGAUCUGGGUUUUAAAAAGGUUUUUAAAUUUGUUGGAUUCAGAUUCACAGUAAAGAAGGAAAAGACGGGAAAAUCGGAACCAGUUCAACUGCUUACUGUGAAAAAAGAAACACAAGUCCCUGAAGGAGCUGAUGAUCAAAAAGAAGUCAGCUCAGAAGAAAUAGCAAUGCCUGAGGAUGCGCUCUCUGCAGAAGACAACACCAAAGACACACUGAAAAAUGAGAAAACAGAAGACGAAUCUCCCAAAACACCAGAAGCAAAUGAGAUUUGUUCUCAGUCAGCUGCCUUAGCCACUGAUACUGCAUCGCCAUUAAGAAAAUUUUUUACUCAGGGAUGGACUGGAUUUAGAAAAAAGAAGAGUUUUAGGAAGCCUAAAGAAGAUGAACUACAGUCUCCUACAAAAGAAGAGGAGCAAGAAAAAGAGGGGGCAACAUUAACAACUGAAACAAGUGAAAAGGAGGAGAAAUCUGAGUUCGAGAAGCAAGAUGAACAGAGGAAUGUGACAGCAGUAACUAUUGAAGCACAUGAGAAGGAGCAAACUGAAGGUGAAAAGCAGGAUUCAAAAAUGACUGUGGCAGCCAUAGGAGUUGAAGCAAGUGAGGAGGAAGAGCUAGUCAAGCAUGAUGAGCAGGGACAAAAAGAGGAUGUAGCAGCAGCAGUUGUUGAAGAAAGUGCGAAGGAGAAAAAAGCUGAAGAUGAUGGUGAAGAAAGGAAAUUGGUGGAAGUCUCAGAAGAUCUUGGUAAAAAGGAAGAAAAAACUGAAGAAGGAGAGAAGGAAAGUGAGGUGACAGAGAAACCACUAAAAACAAGGUCAGUGGUACCUGUUACCACUGACAGUGUGAACGAAGAAUUGAAAACAUCCUCAGAAGUCCUACCUGCAGGAGAAAAACUGGAGUCAACGGAGAAGUGUGAAAUAGAUGACAGAACUGAAAUACCCUCUGAAGAGAAACUUGAAGCAGGAUCUUUGGCAAUUGAAAUUUCUAGUGAACAGCUUAAAAAAUCUGAAGGAAGAGAAGGAGGUAAACCUGCUCCACUGGGGAAAAAAUCAUUUGAUGAAAAAACAGAGGAAGCAGAAUUGAAAAUGUCACCCACAGCAGAAGACAUCACACAAGGAGAAGCUCCGGAUAGAACCACAGAGAAGAAGGAAAGCAAAGAACAUGAGACAAAACUGACUCUGGAUGCUCCUGGAUUGAAGUCCUUUUCUACUUCUGAACAUUCAGUUGACACAGAGGAUGAUCAACAGUCAAUCAAACCCACUGAUGAAGGACUCCAGGGAAAAACUGACAUAGUUGUGACUGAUACUAUCAAACCAGAUGAAACAACCAUGGAAAUAACUCCUGAAGAGGCAGCUGGAAAGAGGCCUCCAGAAGGUAUCACAAAUGAAGCUGAACUGCUGUCUUCUCAAGAAAAAACUAAACUACAAGGCAGCCCUUUAAAGAAACUAUUCACGGGUACUGGAUUAAAAAAACUGUCUGGAAAGAAGCAUAAAGGCAAAAGAGAAGAAUCUAAGUUAGGGGAACAGGGUGAACCAAUGCAGCACUUAUCAGAUUCCCCAGAUAGCCCAGAGGAACAAAAAGGGGAGAGUUCUGCUUCUUCUCCUGAGGAAAUGAAUGAAAUUCCUUCUUUGGAAAAAUCUGUUGAUGGAAUGCAGGUCACUGAAAAUGAAGAUGCUGCAAUUUCAGAUGUGGAGCGAAAAAGAGAAAGUGUUACACCCUGGGCAUCGUUUAAAAAGAUGGUGACUCCCAAGAAACGUGUCAGAAGACCUUCUGAAAGUGAUAAAGAAGAAGAAAUUGAUAAGACAAAGAGUGUUGCAGUGUCUGCAACUGAAAACGCUGUUGAUGAAAAUCAGGGAGAAGUAAAAGAAAAUGGGAUGGACCAGAAACCAGACAAAACCACAGAAGAGCCCAAAAGAAAGGUUGACACCUCUGUGUCCUGGGAAGCUUUUAUAUGUGUAGGUUCUUCAAAGAAAAGAGCCAGGAAAUCAUCAUCAUCUGAUGAAGAAACUGAACAUAAGCUUGGUCAAGAAAGUGAAAAAAUAGAGGAGUCUGGACAGAGCAAAGAAACAGCAACAGAUGCAAUUCUUACUAGCUCUCAGGAGAGCGAUCAAGGACAAGGGAAUUCUUCCCCAGAACAAGCUGGAAGCCCAUCUGAAGGUGAAGGUAUUUCAACAUGGGAAUCAUUUAAAAGGUUGGUCACUUCAAGAAGGAGAUCCAAAACCAGAAUGGAAGAGAGAACUGAAGACUCUGUUGUGGGAUCUAGCCUGGAACAUUCAACAUCGGAUGGUGAGCCUGGAAAAGAUGAAUCGUGGGUUCCAUUUAGAAAACUGAUGGCUGGGCGUAGGAAGAAAAAGUCAGAUGGAAAGCCAGAACCAACUCAUCUUAAACAAGCAAGAGAUGACAUGGCAGAAACAACAGAAGAAGAUUCAGAUAUUCCAGCUGUCGUUCCUUUAUCUGAAUACGAAGCAGCAGAGCAGGAGAAAAUUGAAGCCCAACAAGCAAAAGAUGCUGAAGCGAUGAGAGAACGAGCCUUAGAGGAAGAGAGAGCAGAAAAAUUAGAGGAGACCCUAAGAAUUGAGCAAGCACAUGAAGGGCUGGUACAUGCAGUUACUGUUACUGUUGUGGAAGGGGAAAGGGCGGUUACCAGUAUUGAAGAAAGGUCACCAUCUUGGAUAUCUGCUGCUCUGACGGAGUGCAUUGAGCAGGCAAAAGAAGAGGAAGAGAAAGAAACUGAGAAAACAUUUGAAUCGGAUGUCAUUGUGGAAGAAGCAGUGGUAGCUGCUAAGACAGUUGCAGAGACGGGAAAGGAUAUAAGUGAUGACACCACAGCAAGUGAGCUAGAGCCAUCCUCAGAAGCAGUGACAGCUCUGGAGGAGACAGCAGGAGCUUCCUGCGCUGAAGAAACAAUGGAAGUGUCCCUUGCUGAGGAGACAACUGAGAUGGUUUCUGCUGUUUCGCAGUUGUUAGAAACCCCAGAUACUACAGAGGAAGUUACACCUGUACAAGAAGUAGAGGCCACUGAACAAAAUUUGAAAGAAUUAGACAAACAGACGCAAAAAGUUCUUCACGAAGUUGCUGAAAGAGUGAAGUCAGCAGAUGUAGCACAGCUGGUUAGUGAGAGAACCAUGACAGCAACUAUAAUUACAACAGUGCAAGGAAUUGAGUCAGAAGUGAAAGAUGAUGCUAAAGAUGGGCAAGUUGUAGGCCAGGAAACUCUUUUGCUUGAACAGUCCUUGAAAAAAGGCGAGCACAAGGAGGAUGGCCUCCAGCCCCAGGGAAGUGCAGGGAGCAUUCAGGGCCAAAAUGGAGUUGAAGAGAGUCUUCUACAUGAAGGUUCAGUGAGAAGUGAAAUAUCUGCUGCAAUGAAAGCAAGCACAGAAGGAUGUGAAAUUGUAGAUGUAUUGAGAGAUGAAAGCCAGUGGCAGGCAUGUGAAGUACCAGAGGAAGAAGACGACGAAGAAAUAUCUGAAGUUCGGAGGACAGUAGAGGAACCUUCAUCACAUGACAGGGAGUUUCACAGCAUCAAAGCAGUCACUCCCACGGAAGAGCUGUUUGAAAAGCAGGAGUCUUCAGAACAAGAGAAACUGUCCGUAACAGGGUUGACAGCAGAUGAGACAAGAGAUGAAUGUAUUCCAGAAGUACCGACUGCAGUGCAGGACAAGACAGAGGAUGAAACCUCUUCCUUGGGGCUUACAGCUGAAGAGCCUGUGCAGCUUGAAGGAGAGGGCGAAACCCUCACCACGGGACCAGACUGCACAGAAGCAGUUGUCACUGUGGUCCCCGUUAAACCUGAAAGGCAAGACGAAAUUCCUGACUUAGACUCACAAGAGCAAGCUUGUACUAAAGAUGUUCCUAGCAGGGCACCUGCCCAGAGAGAGGAAGAGGAAGAUGAUGCUUUGCUCCUUGGAGUAAAAAGCACAGAAGUCACUGUUGCUGAGGUUCCACUGCAGAAUGGGGUAAAAACCUCUGCCCUUCUUUCAGAAACAAUUGGCUCAGAAGCAGCUGCAGAUGCUGAGCAGAGUGUGAGGGAUGGUGCUGGCAGGCACAUUACAGGAAAGGAUUCUGUGCCCAUCCUAGAGCCACAGUGCAGAGAAAAAGCAACUGAAACACCCUCCCAGAGUGAUGAAACUGAAGGUUACAAGAUGGAAGAUGCUAUGCUCAAAACUGAAACACACUUAGAGAGUGAUACCACUGCCACUGAGGCUCCCACGCAGAUUGAAGCAGACAGCGUAUCUAAUUUAGCAUCAGCAUGCCCAGAUAUCUCUGAAAAUGGAAAUGCUGUCCUCACUGACCUAAGUCCUAAGAAAUGUGAAACACCAAGCAGCUUAGCUGAAGAAGAGACUGUGGCAAAAGAACAAGAACUUGUAGAAACCUCUAGCUGUCAAGACUUUCAGAAAGAAGGUAACAAAAAUGAGCAAUUGAUGGAAAGAACCAAAGAAGUAUUUGAAUCUGGAAAACGGGAAGCUGUGAGAGGUGAUGAAUGUUCAGCUGCUGUCCAGCAAGAGGUUUUAACCGUGCAAGAGGAAGGCUCUGACUCAGCUUUCCUACAAGCUGAAGGCUUGGAGGCUCUGAAAGCGCCUGUGCCUGUAGCAGCUGCAGCAGUUGAAGAUCAUGUCAUGGCAGAAACCGUAAUGCCCGCAGACACGACAGCCGAAACUGUACAGCUCUUGGCAACCACACCAAACCAAAUGGCUUCUGAAGAGGUCCCAGCUACUACUGUUGACUAUUCAGGCUGUGGGACUGCAGAGCUUGGUAGUGCAGAAGCACCUGGGCCUCAAGUAACUUCUGUUUCCAUGAAUGGAAUAUCAGAGGAGCAAGAGAGGCCCCAGAGUACAGGGCAACCUGAACAAAAUGGUGUUCCUCUAAGUGACAGUCUGUCUCUCACCCACAUGGAAUUUGAGAAGGAUGUUGUUCAGUCUGUGACUAUAGAGUCCCAGAGUACGAAAAUUGUAUUGAAUGCCAUCCAGACGGCUGUUCACAAACUUGCAGAAACAGAGGAGUCAGCUGCCUUUGAGUCAGAGCAGUGCAUUAAGUCCAUAGGGAAAAGCCCAUCAGAUACAAAUAUACCUGAACUUUUGGAAAGUACGCAGGUGGAUCGUCAACUUCCAGUAAAAGAGCAAGAGAUAUGGAGUAAAGAACAAGAGCUCCAGCAAUCAGGAAUAGUGAAAACUGCUACCUUAACAGAGUCUGCAGAAAUUCAUGUAACUGUAGAAAAAACAAAAGACAUGCUGUUAACUUCUGAGAUGCUGAAAGAUGAACAAAGUCAGAAUUCUUUAACAAUUGUGACUGGCCCUGAAGACAUUUCAAGGGAAAGUGUGAGACUUCAGAAAUCAAUACUAGAACUAAGUACUUCAGAAGAUUCAACCAAAGACCCUCUAGCCAUACACCCACCAAAAUUAAGGGAAAAAGAAGUUGGGCAGAUUAUGGAAAUCCCAGACCAACAUACAGGUCAACAAACAUGCAGAGAAAGUGAGGAAGAACAACAUCACCCGCCAGUGGAAGAUGGGAAGACACAGACAUGGGAGGAUGAUAGUUGCCAAGAAGGAACAUCUUGUGAUACUUCACAAAGUCAGAACUUAGUGGCUCCUGAGGCCUUGAAUCCCAACAUACAGGUCAACAAACAUGCAGAGAAAGUGAGGAAGAACAACAUCACCCGCCAGUGGAAGAUGGGAAGACACAGACAUGGGAGGAUGAUAGUUGCCAAGAAGGAACAUCUUGUGAUACUUCACAAAGUCAGAACUUAG